UAACAUUCGGUUCGUUAGUAGAGAAGAGAAAAAAAAUAAUUAUUUUUUUUGGAAAUAAGGAAGAGAAGACACAGUGAGAAGGGGAGAAGAGAAAAAAGUAUUAAUUUGAAUCCAUCAAUCAAUCUUAAAAUUAAUAAGAGUUAAGUCGAAUAAAAAUUAUCCGAGUGCGUUAAUUGAGUGAAUUUAUAAACUUACUUUUGGAAGUAAAAAGAAGAGGAUUUAUUGAAUAAUAUUAUCGAAAGUGGAUUUACGAUUUUAUUUUGUGAAUAAAUUUUUGUGAGAAAAAAAAAUAUUUUAAAAAUCGCAUUUAAAUCCUCUAUAAUGCUGUGAACAAUAAACUUAUAAAAAAAAGUCAAAAAAAAUUAAAAUUCAUUCAAAAAUCUAAGUUUCAAAAAUUAAAAAAAAAUCAUCAAAAAUCAACAAAAUCAAAAAAUCUCUGGAAUAAAAAAAAAGUCAUGCAGACAAGAACAUUUUCAAGUCGUGAUCCGAGUCCGGUUGGUUCUGAAAUAUCAGUAGGUUCACCAUCACCACCGCCCUCUGAAUGUGAAAGACGAAAUAAUCAUAAAAUUGGAUCGGAUGAAUAUUUUCAGCCAUUAAAACGUCUCAAAAUGGUCAAUGAUCAUACAAAUGAUGAAGAUAAUAAUAAUCAUUGCAAUAGUGAUGCUAGUCGAACUUCCUCUUUAAAGUCACCAUCAUCAACAGUGACACCGCAAGUGACACAAACAACGACGACGGGUGUUGAAGGUGUAAAGAGUUUUAGCAUAGCUGAUAUUUUAGGACGUGAUAGUACCAAUAAAAAUAAUUCCACAACUGCACAGGCACAAGCAGCUGUUACAGCAGCUACAAUUGUCAAUGGUCUCAAUCAUUUGCAUCAUCAUCAGCAAGUGGCAAGAAUUGUGAGGCCAUGGGAUCAUUUACAACAUCCAAUUUCAAUUCGUCCACUUCUUCCGCCUGCCUUACUUCAUUAUGAGCAACGACUAGCUAUGGAAUAUCAUCAGCAACUUCAAGAACAUUUUCAUGCACAAGCACAGCUGUUAAGGCACAUGAAUAUUGAUAUAAUUCCAUCAGAAAGUGGAAGUGAUCGAUCGAGUUCCGUAGCAAGUGGAGAUUGCUGUUCACCAGACAUUGGACGAUCAUCAGACAAUUCAGGACGUUCACAUCUAAAUCAUCAUCCUAGUUUAAAUAACAAUAACAACGGAAAUAAAUCACCAAAUGGAACUCCACUGGAUGCACUUUUUCAAUUGUCAAAUAAAAAUUUCGAUGAGACAAAUGAUGAAGGUGAGGAUGACGAUUCACAACUAGACGUCUUUUCAUCACGUCCGCAAGCCAAAAAGAAGCGAAAAUCGCGAACAGCAUUCACAAAUCAUCAAAUUUUUGAGCUCGAAAAGCGAUUUCUUUAUCAAAAAUAUCUCUCACCUGCUGAUCGUGAUGAAAUUGCUGCCGCCUUGGGUCUCUCAAAUGCACAGGUCAUAACGUGGUUCCAAAACAGAAGGGCAAAAUUAAAGCGAGACAUGGAAGAGCUGAAAAAGGACGUCGAAAGUGUCAAACUAUUAACAGCACAUAAAAGUUUCCUCGAGAAUGUCAAUGACAUGAACAUUUUGAAGAAGAAAAUUGUACAUGAGCAUGUUGAGCACAGUUAAUUGAGCAUCAGCAUUUAGUUCUUAUCAAGAUUCUGUACUGUAAUUGAGUAAAGUACUUCGUCUUUUGUUGUAAAUAUUAAAUUUAGGUAAAGACUGGCUAUGAUGAUAAUGUUAGAGAUGAA